UAAGGAAGAGCCGCUUAAUUAUAUUCCAAAUAAGAAGCAUCGGGGUAAUCAUAAGACACGUAGAAAGAGGAAGAUCAAUAGGAGAGAGAAGACUAUCAGGCGUUCGCUAGAUUUUGAAAAUGACCAAAUGCUUGAGCUCAGAGGUCCUGUUUUAAAGUCUAAAAACAAAUUAUAUUCAAACAGAUCAUCAUGCAAUCAAACGAAUGUAAUCUAUACCAGAAUUAUCGCAUUCGCCUAUAACCAGAAAAAGAUAAAGAACGGCAGUCUUAAGAGGCACAGAAGGAAAUGAUCGAUCGCAGGUAGGCUCCCUGGACAUGAAUUAAGAGUUAACCAAUAGUUGAUGAACCUAAGCCAGAAUCAAAUGAGUUUACUCUCCCAAAGGAGAUAACUCACCAAGAUUCGCUAGGUCUUGUGAUGCCAGACAAAGGAGGCAAAACAGCCUCUACCAGGAUCAAUCUGGUAGUAAGCAGGAAAGAAAAGAGAAAAUCAAUUCUUUCAAACAAAAAUAGUCCAAGAAAAAUUCAGAGUAAGAAAAGAUUGCUGAUCAGGAUUUCUCAGCUUUCAAUAUUAUCUAAAUCUACGGAACCAGCUCAAAAGAGAGAUUUCAGAGAGAAAUAAAACUCAGAUGAAGAACAAGCUCAAGAGCAUACAUUCCAGGAAAGGGAGUAUGAUUUUAAAACAUAACAAAUCCGAACCAAAAGACGCAAGUUUACUAAUUUUGGAAGGCUAAUCAACUAGGAUUCUAAAUUUUUUUUUGGGAUCAUUCCAAAUCUGUUUCUUUAAACCCUAAAACUUCCACCCAUGAGAAAUCAAGACUAGGAAAUAAACUAAAAGUGAACU